AUGUCCCUACAACAUCACCCCCACCUCCACCUCCAACGGCAGGUUGAUCAAUGUCCCUACAACAUCACCCCCUUCCCCACCUCCACCUCCAACGGCAGGUUGGUCAAUGUCCCUACAACAUCACCCCCUUCCCCACCUCCACCCCUAACGGCAGGUUGGUUAAUGUCCCAACAACAUCACCCCCUUCCCCACCUCCACCUCCAACGGCAGGUUGGUCAAUGUCCCUACAACAUCACCCCCUUCCCCACCUCCACCUCCACCUCCAACGGCAGGUUGGUCAAUGUCCCUACAACAUCACCCCCUUCCCCACCUCCACCGGCAGGUUGGUCAAUGUCCCUACAACAUCACCCCCUUCCCCACCUCCAACGGCAGGUUGGUCAAUGUCCCUACAACAUCACCCCCUUCUCCAUCUCCAACGGCAGGUUGGUUAAUGUCCCUACAACAUCACCCCCACCUCCACCUCCAACGGCAGGUUGGUCAAUGUCCCUACAACAUCACCCCCUUCCCCACCUCCACCUCCAACGGCAGGUUGGUCAAUGUCCCUACAACAUCACCCCCUUCCCCACCUCCACCGGCAGGUUGGUCAAUGUCCCUACAACAUCACCCCCUUCCCCACCUCCACCUCCAACGGCAGGUUGGUCAAUGUCCCUACAACAUCACCCCCUUCCCCACCUCCACCUCCAACGGCAGGUUGGUCAAUGUCCCUACAACAUCACCCCCUUCCCCACCUCCACCGGCAGGUUGGUCAAUGUCCCUACAACAUCACCCCCUUCCCCACCUUCACCCCUAACGGCAGGUUGGUUAAUGUCCCUACAACAUCACCCCCUUCCCCACCUCCACCUCCAACGGCAGGUUGGUCAAUGUCCCUACAACAUCACCCCCUUCCCCACCUCCACCUCCAACAGCAGGUUGGUUAAUGUCCCUACAACAUCACCCCCUUCCCCACCUCCACCUCCAACGGCAGGUUGGUCAAUGUCCCUACAACAUCACCCCCUUCCCCACCUCCACCUCCAACGGCAGGUUGGUCAAUGUCCCUACAACAUCACCCCCUUCUCCACCUCCAACGGCAGGUUGGUCAAUGUCCCUACAACAUCACCCCCUUCUCCACCUCCACCGGCAGGUUGGUUAAUGUCCCUACAACAUCACCCCCUGCCCCACCUCCACCUCCAACAGCAGGUUGGUCAAUGUCCCUACAACAUCACCUCCUUCUCCACCUCCAACGGCAGGUUGGUUAAUGUCCCUACAACAUCACCCCCUUCCCCAACUCCACCUCCAACGGCAGGUUGGUUAAUGUCCCUACAACAUCACCCCCUUCCCCACCUCCACCUCCAACGGCAGGUUGGUUAA